UCUCUCUCUCUCUGCCUCUCUCUCUCUCUCUGCUUCUCUCACUCUCUCUCUCUCUCUCUGCCUCUCUCUCUCUCUCUCUCUCUCUGUCUCUGUGACGGUCUGGGAGUGACAAUAGGAUAAGGAGGGCCAAUAGUCCAGAGUGAGAGAAAGAGAAAGAGGGAAAGACGGAGGGAAGGAGUGACAGAAAGGGGGGUAAACAGCAGAGAGAGAAAGAGAGAGAGGGCAGAGAGGAAGAGGAAGAGAGAGACGGGGCAGAGGGAGAGGGAUCACGUCCGUAUCUCAGCACUAUGGCCUCGGCUGCCCCCCAGAAGAGGAUGGUCUCCUCAGUGUUCAUCACACUAGCCUCCCCUUAUAGAGCCACAGUCACUCCAACCCCACAGAUCCUGACCCCUCCACCCCAAUUCCAGCACACUGCCAUCCCCCUCAGCCCCACCGGGACUCAGCGGAGACCCUCCGCUUCCUCCAGCGCAUUUCAGGAAGGCACCGGAUCUCCCAUCCCAGCCAGCCCUCUCCGAGCACAGGCCAGGACCGGCCCUCUGUCACCCGCACUGGAGACCUAUUACGCUCACUCUGACCCUCCAUCCAGACCGGCGGACACACGGCAGCACAAACAGGAUAGAAGCCCAGGAGGUAAACAAGGCCUAGAGUUUUUCCCCCCUCCUCCCCCUGCAUCUUUGGACUCAGAGGCGAGUGAUGACCCAGUUACCCCCCCACGCCACCCAUUCACCACCCCAACCCCCGCCUGCCCUCCAGCUGACCCCAAACACAGACCACCGGCCUCCACAGGCGAGGUCUCUGUGGCUGGCAGGCCUGUGGAGACACUGCCCCCUGCUGACGGGAGACGGGACGAGCCGCCUGGGGAACUGAUCAGCAGUGAGGAGGAGAUCAAACCAGACGUGUGUGGGUUCUGCCGGAAGCCCGUAGCUCUAACAGAACCCGCCAUCGAUGCCUUGAACAGGACGUACCACAGCAGCUGUUUCCAGUGCAGGCAGUGCCACACGCCCCUCGCUGGGAAAAUGUACUACAACAAGGCCGGCAUACCGCUGUGUGAGGACUGCUACCAGGCCAGUCUGGAGCCCUGCUGGGCAUGCGGUGAGGUCAUUAUGGAUCACGUGAUCCGUGCGCUGGAGAGAGCCUAUCACCCGCCCUGCUUCGUUUGCACCACCUGCAGGCAGCCAAUCGGAGAGCAGAGAUUCGCCCAAGGGGAGGUGGGAGAGGUGUACUGCCUGCAGGACUAUUACAGGAAGUACGCUCCUCAGUGCAGCGUCUGCGGAGAACUGAUAAUCCCUCGAGAGGACGGAACAGACAGCUACACGGUGGAGUGUCUGGGACGCUCUUUCCAUGAAGACUGCUACCGCUGUGAGGUGUGCGGUGUGCUUCUCUCUCCGGAGCCGAAUGAACACGGCUGCCACCCGCUGGAUGGACAGAUACUGUGUAAACCCUGCCACCUUUCUCUGAUCCAGACAGCCCAACAUUAAAACCUGCUGCACUCGGGGGCCUCGCACUACGGCACACUGAAUCUGCUAAUGAUCAACCAGGAAAGAGGUGGAGGAGAAUUUACGGAAUUUAAAGCUGCCCAACUGUGAUUUUGUCGGUGGGCAAAAACUCUGCUGGGCUGCUUUAACCUACAUUUGGGUAAAGAUUGUAUACGCAAAUGCUGCAAAACUGGGAAAGCAUAGCUGGGAGAGCACAGCUUAUUAUUAUUGUUUUUUAGUUUUUACAGUGAUCCAACAGUUAAAAAUUCUUUUAGUAUUACCUUAUUUUUAUAUCCGCAUUUUUGAAACUUUCACUGCAUUUAUCAUAUGAUGUAACGACACGUAUCAAACAUAUCUGAGCUAAUCUGAUAUUUUGCACUGUUGUGUUAUAAUAUGCACCAAAGUUCAAUACGCCAAAGAUAUUUAUUCAUCAGUAAGUCAAAUAUGUUUUUUUUUUUGUUUAAACUCUGAUGAAAUAACAUAUCAAAUUUGCAAAGUAUUAGUUGAUGUAACAAAUAAACCAAUAUGUACCAUA